UCAAAGCAAACGUUUCAGAAGUUGAACGCUAUUAGCGACGCGCUCUUGAAAAUCUUGUGUAGCAAAUUCUAAGAAAGUGUUAAUAAGAAUAUUUUUUGAAAAAAAAAACACAAAUUAUAAACUAAGUUUUGGAAAAAAAAUUAAAUAUAAUUUUUUCGGCGUGAAAAAAAUAUAUUUGGAAAGCAAAUUGUGCAAAAAAAAAUUUUAAGAUUUAACAAGUAAAUUUUAUCUGCAAUUAAGUGGUGUGAGCAAAGUUUCAGCGGAAGUGCACGCCAACACGCAAGCCAACGGCCAGCAGACGAACUGUUAAGCAGGAAACGUAACAACUGCUCUCCAAYUCACGGCUCUUUAUUUUUAGCCAAAACACGUUACACCCGCUCUGUAAAUCGCGUCAUAAGAGAAGAAGUAGUUAUUUUUAGAAAAGUAGCAAGUUAAUUACACAUAUUCUAAGUUAUGGAGUCACCCAGUGCAGCUACCGCUUCUGCCGCUGCCGCCGCAGCUGCUGCAAAGCGCGUACAAAUCGAGAAGGCUCAUAAUUUCAUGCGUCAAUACCGUGAUCCCGAGUCGCGUGAAUUGAAAAAGUUGUCAGCUAAUCAAUUUAUGGAUGUGUGGGCACAUUACGACAAAGAUGGUAACGGUUACAUUGAAGGCACAGAAUUGGAUGGCUUCCUGCGCGAAUUCGUAUCGAGUGCAAACGCCACUGAUAUCAGUCCAGAGGCUGUCACCGACACAAUGCUUGAGGAGCUGAAAUCGUGUUUCAUGGAGGCUUACGAUGAUAAUCAGGAUGGCAAAAUCGACAUUAGAGAGCUUGCUCAACUUUUACCAAUGGAGGAGAAUUUCCUUUUGCUCUUCCGUUUCGACAAUCCACUGGAAUCCAGUGUUGAAUUUAUGAAGAUUUGGCGCGAAUACGACACCGAUAAUUCCGGCUACAUCGAAGCUGAUGAGCUGAAAAACUUUUUACGUGAUUUGCUCAAGGAAGCCAAGAAAAUUAAUGAUGUCUCCGAGGAUAAAUUAAUUGAAUACACCGAUACGAUGUUGCAAGUWUUCGACGCCAACAAGGAUGGACGUCUGCAGCUCUCCGAAAUGGCCAAAUUGCUUCCGGUAAAAGAGAAUUUCCUCUGUCGCCAGGUUUUCAAGGAAGGUAUUGAAGGUGCCGCUAAGCUGACAAAAGAGGACAUCGAAAAAGUUUUCUCACUGUAUGAUCGGGAUAAUAGCGGCUCAAUAGAAAACGAAGAGCUGAAAGGAUUCCUCAAGGAUUUGCUGGAGUUGGUGAAGAAGGAUGACUACGAUGCUCAGGACUUAAAGGCUUUCGAGGAGACUAUUUUGCGUGGCGUGGGCUACGAUAAAGAUGGCAAAAUCUCACGCAAGGAACUGACAAUGAUACUGCUGACUUUGGCUAAAAUGCCACCAGAGGAUGAACAAUAAGUAGUUCGCUGCUAAGCAACACAACAACAAACAUAAAGUUUAGUAUUUAUAAAGAUAAUAAAACUCAAAAAAAAAAAUAAAUAAAUUAGUACGAAAACAAGAUAAUUAAACUUUUAUUAUUAAAGUUUUUAGUCUUAUGAAAAUAAGCAGCAUGUGCAAAUUACUAAAGAGGCAAGCAGAUAUAUGUAGUAGCAUUGAAAUAAUGGYCAAUAAAGUCAAUAAACAGAAAUAUGUGAAUGCACACAUAACCACAGUUUUUUGAUAGCUUAAGCAAUCAGAAGCGUUAAAAARUAAAACAAAAAAAUAAUGCGCUUAAUGAAAAAUAGAUGCGUAUAAGAGUACAAUGAAGCAUAAAAUAUUGCGAUUUUAAUAAAGCAAAAAUAAGAAAACUUGCAAAAUAAAUUGUAAAAUGCAUUUUGGAUAUUUAACUGAAAUUUAAUUGCACGACGAGACGCAGAAACAAUGCGCGAUAAAUUACAAGCGACAAAGCAACACAAGAAUACAACAAUAAAGCAUUCAACGAGGGAAAUUAAUUACUUUAAAAUGCUGCCAAU